AUUACACUCAAUAUUCACAACUAGAAGGAAAAGCAAGACUCUCCUGAUUCUCUCGACUUCAAGGAUAUCAUUAUGUUGUAUUGGAUGAGUUUAAAUUAGACGAGACUUCUUUCUUAAACACUUCGAGAAAGUGAGCGUGCCUGAGGGGAGAGGAACACAAGAGAGGAGAGACAAUUGAACAUCAUCAUUGGCCGAGACCUGAAAAAAUGGUGCUGGAUGAACAGAGGAUUAGAACUUAAUUGUAAAAGGGAAGGGAAGUCUUGACAGGCGAUUUGCUUCAUUUUCACUUUCAUCAUGGCACAAAUCCUCUGGCUGGCUGGUUGAUGGGACUGUCCAACACUUCUCCUUAGUUUCAGUGCGGAUCCCUUCUGCUUGCACAUCGAAAGACCUGGGAACAGGUGGGAACUGGAUGGUGCCAGAUACAGGAAUGGAAAGAGAAAUGGACUCUGACGAGCUAAGAUGGAAGUGACUUGACAGCAACAAGCUCAGCAGUUGUCUCCAGUAAGGACAGGUUGAGACGGGAAUCUCAAGCUUCUCUGGAAGAGCAGUAUGCAGGAAGCUGGUUUUCAGGCCACAAAUGCUUUCACAGAGUGCAAAUUCACCUGCGCCAGUGGUAAAUGCUUGUAUCUUGGUUCACUGAUUUGUAACCAACAGAAUGACUGUGGGGAUAACAGUGAUGAAGAGAACUGCCUGCUUGUAACAGAGCAUCCACCUCCAGGCAUCUUUAGCUCUGAACUGGAGUUUGUUCAAAUCAUCAUUAUAAUCGUGGUUAUAACUGUUAUGGUGGUAGUGAUCAUCUGCUUGUUGAACCAUUACAAACUCUCGACACGCUCCUUUAUCAACCGACAGAGCCAAAGCAGAAGACAGGAAGAAACUCUGCAGACGGAGGGGUGCUUGUGGCCUUCAGAAAGCUCGGUUUCACGCCAGGGUGCUUCAGAGAUCAUGUACGCCCCAAGGUCCAGAGACAGGUUUACCACCCCAUCUUUUAUGCAGCGGGACCGUUUCAGUCGCUUCCAGCCCACUUACCCUUACAUGCAGCAUGAGAUUGACCUUCCUCCAACCAUCUCCCUCUCCGACGGCGAAGAGCCACCGCCGUACCAGGGCCCGUGCACCCUGCAGCUCCGGGACCCCGAGCAGCAGAUGGAGCUCAACCGGGAAUCCGUCAGGGCGCCGCCCAACCGAACCAUUUUUGAUAGCGACUUGAUAGACAUCUCGAUGUACAAUGGGGGUCCCUGCCCACCCAGCAGCAAUUCGGGCAUAAGUGCAACCAACUAUAGCAGUAACGGAAGGAUGGAAGGACCACCCCCGACGUACAGCGAGGUCAUGGGGCAUUACCCAGGCUCCUCUUUUUUCCAUCACCAGCACAGCAACAUGCCUCCUUCCUCGCAGAGGGGGAGCAGACUUCAGUUUCAGCAGAACAAUUCAGAGAGCACAAUAGUCCCCAGCAAAGGCCAGGACCGGAAACCAGGAAACCUGGUCUAAGUUACCUGCCCAGGUGCGUUUGGACUGAAGACGGGAGAUCCAAGCAGGGUGGUGGAGGAAGACCCCCGUGCUCUGGUGCACAGUGUUGUUACGUUUCACGUGGUACAACUGAGUAAAACCAAACGUGCAAACCAGUUCUUUGUUUCUGAUUCCUUUCAGGGGAAUUGCAUGCAAAGCAGAUUGAAAGAAAUACAAACUUCCAUUCAGUUUGUCUAUGAGCAGUGUUUCAGGGGAAAGGGGGGGGGGGGGGAUAUAUUAUUUUUUUUUAAUAAACUAUUUCAAUUAUUUAAUUCUAAAAGUUAACUUAGCACAGAAAUUAGGCUUGUACAGCCUGUUUUAUACUCACUGAAUGGCAGAAGGAAGAAGGUGGUUUUGCUAGAUAAAUGGGGGAAGAAUUGGCCAGUUUGCUUUUUUUUUUCUCCCAGAGUGUGAAUUUUUUUAAUAUGAAACAAAAUUCCUGUUCUGUGUGCCAAGGUAUAAAGUUGAAAACAUAGAUGAAUGCAAGGAAUUAAUUUGUGUUGUGAUAAAUGUGUUUUAAAAAGUUGCACUAUCUUACUGUUUAAAAAAAAAUAUAUAUGAGGGAACUGUUUUAUGUGAAGUUCUUCUAUAUGUUGUCGUUUCACCUGUGGAAUAAUGAUAGAGCCCUAGAAGUAAUUUGGAGGAGUUUACCCCCCCUGGGUUUGCUAAAAGGUGGGGACAGGACUUAGCCUAACAUCUCUUGACUUUUACAAUUCAAAAAAUACAGGGACACUUGUCUUUGCAAUAAUUUGCAUUCAAAUAACAGUGUAUCAAUGAAGUGUCUUGGAGACUUUUGGAUGGAAGAAGGCAAAUAUGAAAUCCCAGCAUUUUCCAUCACUUAAGGUUUAGCUAUUUUGCAGUGUAGACUAUUUCUUUCAUAAAUGGCAAAACUGCAAUUCCCAGAUGCAUUGAUUUGUAUUGAUUCUAAGUGCUGCCAUUCUUUUCCUUUUCAUACUGCAGUAUCACCAGUACUUAGAGUUCUAGAGAUUUUUGUCCUCACUGUAGCCUGAAAUGUAUUUAGUCACAUAUCAUGACAUUAUGCAAUAAAUAGUUUAAAAAUGCAGGGUGGGAUUUUUUUCCCCUGCUCUGCUGUUCGAGA